AUGACCCGGAAGAGUAACAGCAGGGUGACCGUGUCAGCCACAGCAGUGCUGGGCGUGCUGGUUGGUUUGCUCACGGCCGAGGGAGCUUUGGCGCAGCAAGUAGGAAACCUAACGGGCCUAAGUCGCGGAUACUCCGUGAACUUGACCGGGUCGUCACUAAACAACCCCUUCGACGACACGUCUUUCAACCCGGCCUCGGCUAUCGGGGUGUCCGCGGAUGGGACAGGCGUGUACGUCGGGGGGGAGCUGGGCGGGCUGAUCCACCUGGCGAGGAGCCCGGAAGACGGAUCGCUCACAAUGACCAGGGCUUGGGCUGCUUCGGAUUUUGACGAAGCUCUUCAGUCCGUGGAGCAAAUCGUUGUGACGCCGGACGGAUCGAAGCUGAUCACGCUCGGCAGCCGGGGGCUCGGCAGGGGGACAUUCGGCGUCUUCAGCAUUUCCGCCGACGGUGACCUGCAGCUCCUGCAGGAGGAUGACCACCGUGGGAUCAUCCGAGCAGGUUUUCCUGACUCUAGUUCCAGGGACCUAUACGCGAUAGACGACGACCGAAGCGUGCUCACCCACUACACUUACGACGGUUCACGGUUCGUCGUGUCUCAGACGGUGGGCGGUUUCACGUGCCUGUACGGGCUGGGCGUCGCCCCGGACGGCGCGAACGUGUACGUGGCCGACGACUGCCUCUACACCGUCACCAACUUCCGCCGCGAUCCGGACACGGGCAGCCUGACGUUCCAGGACGAGCUAAGCGGUGACCCCCGCAACGGCGACGGCCUGGGCUGCCUCAAGUCCCUGUCCUUCACGGAAGACGGGGCUUGGGUCGUUGGGCUGGACUCCUGCGACGACGUGAUCUCGAUUCUCAAGAGAGACUUGGACACGGGCACGCUAACGCCGACCACGCUCAUAAACACCGACAACCCGGACGGAAAUACAAUAAACAUCGACAAGACAUGGUCCGCUCUGGUCGUUUCUGAUGGCUUGGGGGACAUCUACGUCGCAGACUGGUCGGAUAGCAAAAUUCUCUGGGUUCGAGCCGACUUCGGGGUUGGCGGCGACGGUUCCGUCAUCAGCACCAACUGGUUCUCGCUGAGCUUCAAGCCGAGCACCCUCAUCGCGUCGCCCGACCUUCAAACCGUGUACGUCGCCAACAAGGAGAACGACGUUUGGGAAGGAGGUGCUUACCCGAGGGUGGCGGUGCCGACGCCGGAUUCAGACGGGUCAGGCACGUCCGCCGUGAACGUUACCCUUGCCGUGGCCCUGUCCGUGUCCCUCGUUGCCGCGAUCGUGAUCGCCGGAGUGGCGGCAAAGUUCAUCCAAAGAAAGAGGAAUAUCAGCAUGUACGCCGGCGAGGAGGAAACCCUUCGGGCGGCGCUGGAGGCCAACCCUAACGAUGCUGUGGCGCACAACAACUUGGGGUACCUGAUGGAGACGGUCUACAAGGACUUUGCGGAGGCAGAAGCCCACUACUCCGAGGCUCUCCGCAUCAACCCGCGCGCGGCGUUUGCCCACAACAGCCUGGGGCACCUUUUGCACCACAGACAGAAGGACUACGACGCGGCCGAGGAGCACUACCUCAAGGCCAUCAACCUCCACUGGCGCUCCCCCGACGCGCACUACAACCUCGGGUGCCUCCUGCAGCACCACAAGGGGGACGUGGCGGAGGCCGAGAAGCAGUACCGCCACGCCAUCAAGUGCGAUCCAAAGCACGGCAUGGCGCAGUACAACCUCGGCUGGGUGCUGGAGAAGGUAAAGCAAGACUUGAAGGGCGCGGAGGCGUGCUACCGCGCAGCUAUCGAGGCCGACCCGGAGGACAAGGAUGCCGCCCGACGCCUCGCAAAGGUGGUGGCACAAAUGCAGGCCGAGGAGGAAGGAAAGCACUGA